UCAUCUUAGAAAUUUUAACCCAAAUAAUAUCGUCUUGUGAGGUAAAAACUAAAGUAUCAUCUGUGACUAAAUUAUUUCUUAAAUAAAUUAUAAAACCGCCUGAAUUACGUUUCGCUGAACGUUUAAUGUCAGUUCUAUUUAAAACAAAAUAUUCGAAACCAUCAACAUGUAAAUUUGAUAAUACAUCUGUCCAUGUUUCUGUAAAUAAAAUACAAUCAUUAUUACUAAAAAAUUUCCUUUAUAUAGUCAGAUUUAAAUUUAUCAGUCUUUUACUACAUAAUCCGUUAAUGUUCAUAUACGCGCAACGAACUGUGAUCUUCUCCGCUCCGUCCUACCCUUUAACCCCGCGCACGCGCUUUUGAGCAGCCGUGUUAUUGUCGCUUCUAUUAUUAGAAACAGGGAAAUUCCCAUUUCUGACAGCUGUCAAAUCGCGUCUAUAUGGGCUUGCGGAAUGUUUUCGUCGCAAAGUACGCUCUUUUGUACGUGAUAUAUGUGAUCCACUACCUUCUACCACUUUGGCAUAUGUUUGACUAUCUGAACUCAUAUUGUAUGAUGAUUGCACUUAUAAAAAAUUACACUGAUUUUGAGAAUAUAGAUGACUGCAUGACUAAUCCAUGUAUCAACGGAGGUAUUUGCACAGACCUUGUCAAUGGAUAUACCUGCACAUGCUUGGCUGGAUAUUUUGGAGUCAAUUGUUCUGCUGUUGUAGACAAUUGUGAAGAGAACCCAUGUGAAAAUAAAGGAACGUGUGAGAAUAAAAUAAAUACACGGAUAUGUCAUUGUGUUGAUGGCUAUGAUGGUAUUAACUGUGAAAUAGAUAUAAAUGACUGUGAAAACAACCCUUGUCAAAAUGGCGGAAGUUGUACAGAUUUAGUAAAUGGUUAUAAAUGUGCUUGCGUGAAUGGAUAUGAAGGAACCAAUUGCCAAACAGAUAUCAAUGAAUGCUCAACCGAUCCAUGCAAGAAUGGUGGUACCUGUAAAGAUCUAGUUAAUGCAUAUGAAUGCGAAUGUGUUGCUGGAUACGAAGGCAAAAACUGCAAUAAUGGUAAGAGUACCAUGCAAGCAAAUGAUAAACAAUUUUUUAAAAGGGAAAACCCUUUUGACAAAAUGGCAACAUUUAACGAAAGAAAAUAGCAGUUUUUAUUUUUUAAAUAUCUAUCAUUUUUGUCUAUUAGUGUCGUUACUUUGGAGGGGUUAUAUCAUGUACAGUACUGAUAUGUGCAUUUUAAUCAAUUUCAGGUGCGAUAAAAAGAUGGCAUACAUUUUUUUAUCUAUUUCUUUGGAUUUUUAUUCUCGUUCACGCGACAUAGUCAUCGUUUGCUACGUGGCAAAGAGAUAUCAUCUCGAUUAAUAGAGAUGAAUAAGGUCACAUGUCGGCUCUGUGCCUACAAAGUUUCAUGCUGAUACCUCUUAUACUUUUAGAGUUAUGUCCCGGACAAACUUCAAAGUGUAAAAUAAACAAAGGGGGAUAAUUCAAAAAUUAGGCAAGGCAGAGUUACGGUUCUUGUGCACUGCACACCUACUCAAUGAGAUCUAUCUACCUACAAAGUUCAUGUUGAUACCUCUUAUACUUUUAGAGUUAUGCCCCGGACAAACUUCAAAGUGUAAAAAUAAACAAAGGGGAAUAAUCCAAAAAUUAGGCAAGGCAGAGUUACGGUUCUUGUGCACUGCACACCUACUCAUUGAGAUCUAUCUACCUACAAAGUUUCAUGUUGAUACCUCUUAUACUUUUAGAGUUAUGUCCCGGACAAACUUCAAAGUGUAAAAAUAAACAAAGGGGAAUAAUCCAAAAAUUAGGCAAGGCAGAGUUACGGUUCUUGUGCACUGCACACCUACUCAAUGAGAUCUAUCUACCUACAAAGUUUCAUGUUGAUACCUCUUAUACUUUUAGAGUUAUGUCCCGGUCAAACUUCAAAGUGUAAAAAUAAACAAAGAGGAAUAAUUCAAAAAUUAGGCAAGGCAGAGUUAUGGUUCUUGUGCACUGCACACCUACUCAAUGAGAUCUAUCUACCUACAAAGUUUCAUGUUGAUACCUCCUGUUGUUUCAAAGUUAUGUCCCGGACAAGAAAAGGGGACGGACGGACGGACGGACAGACGGACGGACAAGGCGGCGACUAUAUGCUCCCCCGAAAUUUUUCGGGGAGCAUAAAAAUGUAAAAGGCCGAUGAUUAAAGUUUUUCAUUCAAUAUCAAGUUAAUAUACAAUAUUCGAUAUUGAAACAAUCUUAUUUAAACCUUUUUAGCUCGACUAUUCGAAGAAUAUGAGAGCUAUUGUAGUCGCCCCGGCGUCGGCGUCAGCGUUGGCGUCAGCGUCCGCGUCGGCGUCUGCGUUGGUUAAAGUUUUUUGUAAAGUCAUAUAUCUCAAUCAUUACUUGACAUAUUCAAUUGAAACUUACAAUACUUAUUUAUAGUAACAAGGUACAUUAGAUUGACAAUUUGGAUAACUCUGCCUACAAUAUUGACAGAAUUAUGCCCCUUUUUAACUUGGAAAUUUUGGUUAAAGUUUUUUGUAAAGUCAAAUAUCUCAAUUAUUGCUUGAGAUAUUCAAUUGAAACUUACAAUACUUAUUAAUAGUAACAAGGUACAUCAGAUUGACAAGUUGGAUAACUCUGCCUACAAUAUUGACAGAAUUAUGCCCCUUUGGAACUUACAAAUUUUGGUUAAAGUUUUUUUGUAAAGUCAAAUAUCUCAAUUAUUGCUUGAGAUAUUCAAUUGAAAUUUAAAAUACUUUUUAGCUCACCUGUCACAAAGUGACAGGGUGAGCUUUUGUGAUCGCUUUUCGUCCGUCGUCCGUCCGUCCGUCGUCCGUCCGUCCGUCCGUAAACUUUUACUUUAAAUGACAUCUCCUCAUAAACCACUAAGCCAAUUUCAUCCAAACUUCACAGGAAUGUCUCUUUGGUGGUCACCUUUAAAAAUUGUUCAAAGAAUUUAAUUCCAUGCAGAACUCUGGUUGCCAUGGCAAUCAAAAGAAAAAACUUUAAAUAUCUUCUUUUAAAAAACCCAAAGAGCUAGAGCUUAGAUAUUUGGCAUGAAACAUCUUCUAGUGAGUGUCUACAAAGUUUGUUCAAAUAAAAGCCCUGGGGUCAAAAUUGGCCCCGCCCCAGGGGGUCAUUGAUUUUCCCUAUAUGCAUAUAGUAAAAACUUAAAAUAUCUUCUUUUAAAGAACCCAUAGAGCUAGAGCUAAGAUAUUUAGCAUGAAACAUCUUCUAAUGGGUGUCUACCAAGUUUGUUCAAAUAAAAGCCUUGGGGUCAAAAUUGGCCCCGCCCCAGGGGGUCAUUGAUUUUCCCUAUAUGCAUAUAGUAAAAACUUAAAAAAUCUUCUUUUAAAGAACCCAUAGAGCUAGAGCUAAGAUAUUUAGCAUGAAACAUCUUCUAAUGGGUGUCUACCAAGUUUGUUCAAAUAAAAGCCCUGGGGUCAAAAUUGGCCCCGCCCCAGGGGGUCAUUGAUUUUCCCUAUAUGCAUAUAGUAAAAACUUAAAAAAUCUUCUUUUAAAGAACCCAAAGAGCUAGAGCUAAGAUAUUUAGCAUGAAACAUGUUCUAAUGAGUGUCUACCAAGUUUGUUCAAAUAAAAGCCCUGGGGUCAAAAUUGGCCCCGCCCCAGGGGGUCAUUGAUUUUCCCUAUAUGUAUAUAGUAAAAACUUAAAAAAUCUUCUUUUAAAGAACCGUAAGAGCUAGAGCUUAGAUAUUUGGCAUGAAACAUCUUCUAGUGAAUGUCUACCAAGUUUGUUCAAAUAAAAGCCCUGGGGUUAAAAUUGGCCCCGUCCCAGGGGGUCAUAGAUUUUCCCUAUGUGCAUAUAGUAAAAACUUAAAAAUCUUCUUUUAAAGAACCCAAAGAGCUAGAGCUAAGAUAUUUAGCAUGAAACAUCUUCUAAUGAGUGUCUACCAAGUUUGUUCAAAUAAAAGCCCUGGGGUCAAAAUUGGCCCCGCCCCAGGGGGUCAUUGAUUUUCCCUAUAUGCAUAU